UCCCCAAGACUAGGAAGGGAGCAGAGAGGGCUGGGGAAGAGAGCGGCUACCCGCUCUCUUUCCCAGCAUCAGACAUCUGUGCCCCACUCGUGUGGGACCUGGUGAAGCCGGGAGAACUUCAAAGGGCAAAAGCCACACAGUGUGUUGGGCGAGGUCCAGGCCCAGCCUGGCUGGAGACAUGAGUCUUUCUCUGCACCACAGCAUCCGAGCCACAGCAUUCAGGUGACCUUGUGAGCUCGGAAAACCAGGAUAAUGAAGGCGACGGGAGACCCUCACCCUAGUUUUCUGGGCCCCCCAGAUUCUGUUCUGACUUAACAGAAGACUGAGAUUUUCUCCUUCCUGGUGGGACAGAGGCUCGGAGGAGCCAGAUUCGACGAGUGUGGUUUCCCCAGCACGGGGAACACUGUAGUCCUGGCUGAGGAAGCCAGCCUCCCCUGCUGUCCGCAGAGAGGAGGGUCUCACUUAGACUUGCUGAGGCCACCUGAGCAACUUGGACCCCAAACCGACAUGAUGGGGCUGGACCUGCAGUCUCUGAAUUGAUGCUUUGCCCACUGAGUCGUUGGUUUCAUUCGGACUGUCUGGAGUGGAGAUGAGGCCUAAUGGUCCACCUGCUACUCUCUCCGGAGCCCCCGCCCCAUGUUGCCCUGCACUGUCCAGGCUCCGAGUCUCCCUAGGACAUCCUGCACUAAUUUUUUUAAUUAAAAUUUUUAUUGAAGUAUAAUUUAUAUAUUGCAGUAUAGUUGCAAUAUGGUGCAGCCCUUUGGAGUCACUUCUCCCCACAACCCCAGCCUCUGGCAACAACUGACCUAUUCCUCUUCUAUAAUCUUGCCUUUUUCAAAAUGUUAUAUAAAUAGAAUCAUACACUCUGCAGCCUUGUGAGUCUCCUCCAUUUUGCUGUAUCUAUUGCUCUGGAUUUGUGUCUGAACUCUUUGUUUGUGCCUAUAAAUGUGUGGAGAUGUGAAUUUGAUCCCUGUGUUGGAAAGGACCCUUGGAGGAGGACAUGGCAACCCACUUCAGCAUUCUUGCCUGGAGAAUCCCCAAGGACAGAGGAGCCUGGUGGGCUACAGUUCAUGGGGUCACAAAGAGUUGGACGACUGAGUGAGUGUGUGCAUACACACAAGUGCAAAGUGCUUAACACAAAGGAGGCGUUCACAUACCCAUGUUCAUGACACUCGUAGUGAGUCCAUAGUCCUUUCAGGAGCCUGACUCUAUUAACAAACUUCCAGGUGGGCUGGGUCCUCCCAGAGGCUUGGUGGUGAUUUUUCAACCAGAAUUUCCCUAACUCGCCUGGUCACAAGAGUCUCCUGUCUCCUGGGUGUGUAAUAAAAAUACGGGUUUCCAGAACUCCCUCUGGUACAGUCUGAUUUCACAGGUCUGGAAAGAAACCUGGGGAAUCUGUAUCAGUGCUUCUCAAACUCUGCUCAUGUCAGAACUACCUCAACCAUAGAUGACUCAGUCCCACCCCAGAGCUGCUUUUCCAGUGGGUCUGGAGUGAGGUCCAGGAACCUACACUUGCAGCAGGCACCCAGGUGAUGGUGAUGUCGUGCUCUGGGAACUCCACAUUGAGAACCAGUGAUCCAUGGCUCUGCACUAUUAUCAAGGGUCUUGGGUGAUUCUUGUUGCAUGCGCACAUGAAUCCCAGCUUCAGUGCAAUUGAUGGGAAGGGAAUAUGCUAUGUGGGACUUCUUGGUCCCAAACAUUGCACUCUGGCCACGGCCUCAACCCCAUUUCACCCAGGACACCUUCUUCAGCCUAUGUUGACUCAGAAGCAGAGAUCUCUGAGGUUUGUUUGAUUGGAUCAUUCUCCCCUAGGCAAGGGGCUCCUGCUGAGGAUUCCAAAGGAAGUUGUGUGCAAAACCAGUCCCAGUUCUUUCCAGAUCUCCACACAGGCUUGAGCAAUGUUGACGUGGAAACUGUACCUGAGGACGUGUAUGUGACCUUAGGGGAAAACCAAUGCGAUUAAGGCUGGAUUUGGACUCCAAGGGACAGUUCCUGGGGACGCUGAGGAUUAGCAGUAACAGCUGUUGUCCUGCCCAUUCAAGGAGAAACUGAAAGGAGAAGAAUGAACUUGUUUAAAGGAUGUGUCUGUGCAGCUCUAGGAGGGGAAACUGUUCCGUCAAGCCUCAGGAAAAAUGUGUUCCUAGCACCCGGAUUGAAGCUGCUGUUCCGCGGGACGCAGGAGAGGGCAGGAUGGGGGUGCCCGCCGCCCUCACGGGCUGGGCCUGUGCCGCCCUCUGCCUGGUGCCCAGCUCCUCCGCCUUCUCCCACGGGGCUGGCGCGGUGGCCUGUGCGGACAUGCGGCCCAAGCACAUCCCAGCCCGGACUCAGAGCCCUGGGACCCACCACAUCACCGUCCUCACCGGCAGCCCUUCCUACUCACCGGGUGCCACGGUCUCAGUGGCCGUGAGGAGCAGUCGUGAUUUCAUGGGCUUUCUACUCCAGGCCCGACGAGUGUCUGAUCAUCAGAUAGCUGGCACUUUCGUCUUCAUUCCUCCUCAUUCCAAACUGAUAGCUUGCUUUGAAGAGGCUGACACAGUCACCCACGCAGACAAGUCCCGGAAGAGAAACCUGGCGUUCGAGUGGCGGGCCCCUGCCCAGCCCGUGGGGAGCAUCAGGUUCUUUUUAUCUGUAGUCCAGUCGUAUUUCGUUUACUGGGUGAAGAUCGAAUCAUCUGUCGUGUCUCAACAGACACACAGCAGAACCCAUUCUGACAGCCACCUGGAGCCUGGCUUGCCGAUGCCAGCCUCUCGGCAGAGGCUGGAGGACGUGGAAGGAACCAUCCCAGUGUCUCUGGGCCUCCACUUGGCUCCAAGUCUCCCCAUCACUCUUCUUCAGCAGCACACAGAUGUCUCUGCUGUGGCCGUAACUGGAGCUGCAGAAGAGGACAGCUUGGAUCCUGUUCCUACCAGUGUUUGGGUGACAGGGUUCCUUGGGGCCGCAGAGACUCCAUUCCAAGCAUCUUCACACACAGCUACUGUAGUCAGCGAUGGCCAUCACCCCAGCAGGGACAGCAGCCCAACCCUGGAACCAUCCCUGGAUGUCCAGGAUCUGGAGAGGCUUGUGGCCCUCAGGGACUUCUCCGCAGAGAGCUUUGCUUCCAGCUUCAGCACCGGCCACAGGACUCAGAAUGAUCCAAGCUUUGAUUCACUGGAAACUUGUCUGCCCUCGGAUAGGGAUGAACAGGACCAGAUGAGGGCCUCUAAUAGGACAGUGACGAGGCCUCCUUUGUACACUGUCCACCUCUCCCAUCCUCGCCUCUGGUCCUCCAGGGCGCUCACUGGACAUGGGGCCGGGGCAGCCCCCCCCACUCCUGCCCUCCACACCUCUGCCACCUCCAGGCCCACCACUGCCGAUGGCCAGUCCCAGGCAUUAGAGCCCUCUGCCAGCUUCCUGCCGUGGUCAAAGCACAAGGAGCGCAGAGUGGAGGAGGGCGAUGGAGUGGCUGGGGUGGGAGACCCCGGGAAGACCAACCCAAAACCUGAGCUCGGGCAGGAGGGAGCCAGCGCCCCGUGGGGGAUCCAGCUCGGGGCUGCGCAGCUGGGCGUCCUGCUCUGCCUCUCCGCCGUGCUGGGCAUGGCCGUCGUUGUUGGCCUUCGUUACCUGCACCCCCAGUAUUGCUGCAGGCGGAUGGAAGUGUCCUUUCGUGAGCCUGCCGCGGAUGCGGUUGCCACGGGUGACGGUGGUGAGAUCGUGCGCGUCCGGAGAAUUGGAGACAACAGUUUCGUUUUUGGUUGAAGGUGAAUGCAACUGGAUUGCUCCCUCUGUGAGUAGCAAGAAAACAGUCCUCUGAGAAAACCGUGGUCCCAGGCCUCUCUGGGCUCCCCUUGCACCCUGUAGAGAGUCUCAGCCAGAACGGAGCUACUGAGAGUAGUUGAUGAGGACAUGGAUUCACUGCGCACCCCCCUCCACCUGUCAGGGGGCAGUUAGCGGAGGAAGCAGAGCAAGGACGGUUUUAUCAACAGAGGGAAUUCUUCCCCAGCUUUGCUGUCUUAACAUCUGUAAUUUAGCGGCACUUUUUUUCUUCUCGCAAUUAGACGUUCUGUUUGAAGACUUAAACCCAACACAAUGAAUAUUGUAUAACCUGCUCAUUAACUAGACUCCCGUGGCCGCCGAGCUUCCUCCAUUGCCUUAAGGAACCUGCAGAAAUAGAACUUCUGUCCCUCCUCAGCGUUGUCAGCCUCAUCACCUCUAACUCUUUGAAAAAACGAGUAACGGUGGAGUUGUGUCUCCUUCAGCCCUCCCUUUGCCUCGCCAAGCCACCCCCAGAGAAGUCUUGUUUUUCCAAACUAGAGUUCAAAGUUGGCUCUGGUGUCGUCGACUGGGUGAGUGCAAAGGUAUUUCGCCUCCUAGGAAACUCAGACAUGUGGUAAAUCUGCCAUGGAAAUUGGUCAAAGGCAAGGAAGAUUUAAGAAAGUUUGAUUGCCAUGUUUGUGGGGCAAUACACAUGCAGCAUGAGGCCUGAAACCGAAGAGAGGGGUAAGCAAACCUCCUCUUCAGGUGUAAAUGGAUCUGAGGUCUCCCAUCCAUUGCACUUGAUGGGAGACUAGGUAUCCCAAAAACUAGCAGACUUUUUGCCUUUGCCAAAGGUCAGGCUGAAAAAUAAAUGAUAAUACCAGCACAGUUUUAAGAGCCUUUAUCUGUCUAAGAAAGCAUGAUGGACAGAGACCAUUGUGACUUUAUGAAGAUCACUUUGAUUUAGGGAGAGUUCCAUAGAUACCAAAUGGGA